UAAAUACAAAAAUAAUUUUAGCAAAAGAAGUAUCAUAGAUCUUUUAAAACAUACCUUAAAUUCUAUUGAAUUAUAUAAAUGAAAAUUAAGAUAAAACAAAUCAAACAAUAUUAUAAAAAGUUUUAUUAAUAAUAGAUAUAUUAACAUAAUAACAACAUGGAGCAUAGCUAUUUUCUAAAUAUGGUGCUUUGGAAUAUUUUUAUGACUUUAAGACAUUUUUAGAAAAAGAUAGUCUUAUUCCAUUACCAGAUCAUAUUAAAUGUACUGAAAAAAUUCUUCGUAAUAUUGUACUUUACAAAGAACAAUUUUAAUAUUCUGAAAAUUCUUAAAGCAUUGAAUUAUAGAACACAUAAGAAUAAUAAUUUAAAGUAUAAGAAUUUUUUACUAGAAAAGAAUAAUAAUAAAACAUAAAAGAUAAUAGUAGUUUUAAUGAAAUGAUA